UUGUUAUUACAAAAUCAGUUCCUGAGGCGGAUAUGUCUGUUAUCACGGAUUCUUACGAUCUUGAAAAGGAGUAUUCUCCAAGCAGAUGGUCAACCAGGUUUUCCACCGCGCAGAAGGUGCUGCAACAUCAUGUCCAGUUUGUCACUGAAGCCAGCGACAAAGCCACCAAUAAAGUCCCACAUAAAUUGGAAAUUGAAUAUGGUUCAACUCCCGGACAGAAGUUAG